AUGAAUUCUAAGGUACAAGGCUCUGAUGAUACCAAGAAGGGUGAAGAAGUUGUGCUUCCUGGCUUUAGAUUCCACCCCACAGAUGAAGAACUUGUUGGGUUUUAUCUGCAGAGAAAAGUGGAAAAGAAGCCUCUGAAAAUUGAACUCAUCAAACAGGUUGAUAUCUACAAAUAUGAUCCAUGGGAUCUUCCAAGUAAGAUCUGCUUCCCCUACAAAGGGAGGAAGUACAGGAACAGCGUGAGACCAAACAGGGUAACCAGGUCAGGGUUCUGGAAAGCCACAGGAAUAGACAAGUCCAUAUACUGCGUGAAGGAACCCCAUGAAUGCAUUGGUCUGAAGAAGUCAUUGGUUUAUUACCGUGGAAGCGCUGGAAAAGGCACCAAAACUGACUGGAUGAUGCAUGAGUUUCGUCUUCCACCCAAUUCAAAAUCCUCCACCAACAUUGCUAAUGCUACCAAUAAUGAUCUUCAUGAAGCUAUGGAAACAAUUGACCUCCACAUCGGUGGUCAAAUAGCAAAAGAGGUGUGGACACUCUGCAGGAUAUUCAAACGCACCCCAUCAUUCAAAAAGUACACUCCAAAUUUGAAAGACUCAACACCCCUCACCAAACCCAACCCUGUGAAUUCCAACACAAGCACCUCAGAUUCUGACAUUUGCAAGCCAUAUUUCAUCUGCAGAGACCCUGUGAUGAUGCAGCAGCUAGAAAGAAAACCAGUAUUUGGACAGGUUGACGAAAAGAAACACUUCUUUCUAGGCCAGUUUGGCCAACUACCCCAUCUUCAACCCCCAUCAACCCCUUACCCAAGUUUUUUGAACCAGAAUGUUGAGGACUAUGCAUUUGCCAAUGAGAAUUGGGAUGACCUAAGAUCUGUGGUUCAGUUUGCCAUUGAUCCUUCCUCAGUGUUUGAUUGUACAGAAACAUAUAUUCCACCCUUCUUUUCUUAG